AUGCGGCUGAGGGCAGAGGUGUGUGGCUCUGAGGCCUGUACCAUGUCUCACUUUGAGGCCUGCACCAUGUGUCGCUCUGAGGCCUGCACCAUGUGUCGCUUUGAGGCCUGCACCAUGUGUCGCUCUGAGGCCUGCACCAUGUGUCGCUCUGAGGCCUGCACCAUGUGUCGCUCUGAGGCCUGCACCAUGUGUCGCUCUGAGGCCUGUACCAUGUCUCACUUUGAGGCCUGCACCAUGUGUCGCUCUGAGGCCUGUACCAUGUCUCACUUUGAGGCCUGCACCAUGUGUCGCUCUGAGGCCUGCCAUGUCUCACUUUGA